AUGUCAAAGUAUUUAUCUAACGUGAAAUUUGUGAAUAUGGAGUUGGAUUUGGAGGAGGCAAGACGACAGGAACUGAAGGCUGAAAUAAAGGCUUUGGAGGAGGCAAAGCAACGUGAAAUAACGGCUUUGGAGGAGGAAAGACGACAAAAAAUAAAGGAUUUCAUGCGUGCUUUGGAGUUUAUCGGAUCAACGAUUCAGUCACAGGACGAGACUAUCUCGGUUAACGAACCUACAAACAAUGUUUUGAUGAGGCUGACCCAAGAUGCAAAGUUUAUAUCAUAUUUAAAGCGAACAUGCUCACUUAAUGAUUUUCAAUACAAGGAUGUCGAGACCUGUAUUAGUAAGGGUAGUAUCUAUCACACUGCAUUAAGAAAUUUGUACGGUUCCUACAGGAAUGUCGGAAUUGAUGCGCGGGACUGGAGUGUGAAUGAAGUAUUAGCAUUAG